AGGAUGUAAACAUGCAAAAACAAGCGGUGGUGUCAAAGAUUAAAAUCAAAACCAUUGUUGCAUUUCCAUAUUCAUGAAUAUUCAUUUAAAUCUAAACGAAUGAAGUUUUUAAGUUUGUGGAAGAGAUGUGACCCGAAAUUGUUGUUGAUGUUGCUAUUGUCCAUUGAAAAGUAAUACUGUUUACUUUUGUCAAAUAGCAAAGUCCAAAUGGAGAGGUAAUAGAUAUUAUUCCAAAUAUAAGCCGUGUUAACCGAAAGCAAUACCAUGGACUAUUUGCAACGAAAUGCAAAUGUCAGUGCGAUCAUAAAUACUUUAUUCGCGUACCAGUAUCUAAAUACGACAACAGAUCCUUCAAAACUCGGCGGUGCUCUUACCGUUGUACUACAAUCAAAUCCACAGUUGAUGCGCUUGGUGAAUUCCACAGGAUUGAGCUUGCAGACCGUAACAUCGGUAAUUGUGGAUAUCUACAACUGUGUCAACAAAACUAUCAGUGCUGAUGGGAAUCCGAUGUCAUUAUGUCUUGGUAUUGAGAAGACAAAUGAGCGAUAUUCACUGGAACAGUGUUUGGAUUUGAAGGCUGAUACAAAUGCUUUAGUGUUACUUGUGCUUGGUGUUUUUAGUUUCUUCUUUCUCAUUGCUGGCUCAUUAUUGAAUAGGCGCAAAAGUGCCUGUUUGAAUUUUUUGCAUGGAAGGCCAGCACUAGUUGUGCCAUUGAAUAUGCUUGAUAGUUACGAAAAUCGCUUUGGGUGUGCUCUGGCAUUUGGUGUAACUACAUCUUAUUGUAUUGAUGUUCUAUUUGGAAGUGCACAGACUGUAGUAGGUUCCAGAAUUGGUAAGGUUAUUGGUGCUGCACCAAGCUCAGUUAACUUGGUCUUCAAGAUCGUAUCUGCUAUGGUGAUUGCCAAUGCAGCAUUCCCAUUGUUUGUUUGCAUCAGAACAAAGUUCAAAAUUAUUGGAUCACUAUUUGGCAUAUUUUAUUGCACUGCUUGGAUUGUUCUGCUUUAUGUGAAACUUUACUUGUAUUAUCAUAUGUGUGUAACAACACUAUCAUUAAGAUCUGAGAUUACGCAACUUUUCGAAAGCUUAGGGGAAAUUCCUCAGCUUAUUUGCCUGGUUGCAUUGCUUGUGAGAUUUACCAGGGUGCUGAUUCAUCAUUCAUUAAAAAAGAAAGGGGCCAGAUCGCGUCAUGCAGAAACAUUCCAGCAGUUUCAAGAGACAUAUAUGCUAAAGCAUGUUGCAAAUUUACUAAAAGCUGUCCCAAAAAUGGAAACUGGUGGCACAGAGAGCCUAAAAUUGAAAAUCAGAAAGAAAGUUUACAAGUGGAAGCCAGAAUUCCGAUACUCAACUAGAAUCAUUUCAGCUUUCAUGGUCUCUGGUAUAACAAUCUACAUUAUAACGGUUAAAUUAUUAUUCACUGUAUGGUAUUUCGAUUUCGUCCUGGAAGAUUUUGUGCAAACUGAGAAAUUCAAGACAACUAUAAAUAGAUUCUUUCCAGACGACAAAACUUUGUUGUAUGAGAUAGGGAUACAUUUAGAUAUUUGGAUUGUUUGUUUGUAUGUUGCAAUUGGUAUCGCAUCUGUGAAGACCUACCUUGUUUUUCUGAAUAUGCUCUCAUGGUACAGGGGUCAUAUUACUCGGCUACGUAAAGGCGAAAAAUCUUGGCUCCCUUCAGCUGUGCGAAAGUUGUCUGCCUCACCACCUAGUUUGUUGGCUGCUGGAAUGAAGUAUGCUGGAUUCCAAGUUGCUUAUACUGCUUGGGCCUUCAUGAUAACUGUGUUUCUUCUGUUACUUAUUCUUGGUGCAGCAUCUUCAUUUCUAAUCUACCCAGCUUUCAAUGGCAAAUCUGCCUUUAUAUUGGAAUUUCUAGCCCAGAUUUGGCCAGCGAUAUUGCUUUCUGUGCUUCUCUAUCUGUCUCAAUUUUUGUCAGCAAAAUACCUGUUUUUGCAGCAAAGUGGUGCAGUUAUGUCCAUUGACAAUAGAAGUAUCUUCCACCUGUCUUCGUAUUACAUGUUCUUCUUCAAUAUGUUCCUUGGUUUAUUCUCGUGCCUUAUGCGUAUCAUAAAGGGGCUCGUUAUUGGCGUCCUGUUUCUUGAACGCGUCCAGAAGAGUCUUUUGCCCCGUUCAUUUGAAAAUAUGGACCCAGGUUACUAUGCCUACGUUGGAUAUAUCUUGGUUGAGCAUUAUCAUGCUAAUCCAGUGCAAUGCGUGUUUUUCUAUUUGCUGAAAGAACAGCUAAAGGCAGUAAAAAGAAAAAGAGCUUCAAUGGCUGUUAUCAUUAACAAUGACUUUAUUGUAAACGGUGAAACUGUGUCAAAGGGAAUUGACUUUGAGAUGCAAGACAUGCAGUUCAGCAAGGAGCUGAAUCUAUUUGACAAAAGAAAGAUCAUUCGUAACAAAUGGUAUUUAUGUUAUACUUUGGUCAACAACCCAUCAUUGGUCAAGUAUAGGAAAAGUAAUCUUGAUGAGAAAGAAGAAAAUUUAUCGGAAACGGAACAAGCGGACAGUAUUGAAGAAGAACAAAAUGAAGAUGUAGCAGAAGAGAAAUGAAACUUAUGAUGUAUAACAUCUAGAAGAUAUUCUGCUAGCAAGCUUGUCGUCUAAUUUAUAAUUUUUGGCUUUUGCGAAAGACGUUGAAAAGAGUAAAACUCUCAUUUCCAGAUUUUCACUUAUAUUUUUAUUAUAUGGAGCGCAUAUAUUGCUGUUAAUAAUAUUUAAAUCUCUACUGACUAGCUGAAGUUGAUACUUGU